AUGGAUGGACCUGGAGAGGCUGAUGCGAGUAUGUUGUACUCAAGUAUUGGGAAGUAUUACACCAACAAAGGGUGGAGAAUGCUCCCUGCAUUCCAAUCGGCUUUGUCUGCGAGUCAGUCUCUGGCAUCGCCGAAUAGAUCGGAGCUCCCACAAACGAAACCUUUGAUGCUGGAUGGCAUCCCAGCACUAUGUGCUCGAGAUAUUGGCGCCAUAAAAGUUGAGUUUUCUAGUUAUAAACCCGCUGCGGCUGAAAUCCUCAUGGCCGUCCUUCCUUCUGCCAACCUUGUCAGCUGGCUACAAGAACGAGCUGCAUUCAUCAGUAGCAAGACCAACGGUGAAGUCCCCCUGAUCAAAGGCGCCAUCUGCGAAGAUGCUAAGAAGUGGUUGUUCUGGAAUCAUGACUUCCCAGAUCGCGAGUUGACUAUCCAAAGGGUCGUUACACCGACCAAGGCGGCGGAGGCCGAGGAUGAGGAGAGCCAGAAGGAGACAACCCUGGCUUUAGCCAGCCUUUUGUUGGCAGCUUUGGACGAGACUCAGAAGUGGAAGUUGCAUAAGACCGUCAUAUGGAGGAGUCCAACGCCCGAGCUGAACCGUGCUAUUCACAUGGUCCAGGAACACUUUGGAGUGGGCGUGACGAAUGAAGAACGAGUAAAUAGAAAUGUCCCUUCAGUGAGGUGGAAGGGAGGGGAUGAGGAGAAGACCAAACAAAUUGAGAUUUGUCACAAUGAAUUCUAUGCUUGGAGCUGA